UAUUAUUAACACAAUCAUGUCUAUAUCCCACAAUACCAAACUAUUGAUCAAAGAAGGGAAAGUUGUCAAUGAUGAUCAAUCAUUUUAUGCUGAUGUUUAUGUUGAAGAUGGAAUUAUUAAACAGGUUGGCAACAAUUUGACUGUACCAAAUGAUGUUCAUAUCAUUGACGCAACUGGAAAACUUGUUAUGCCAGGAGGAAUUGAUACUCACACACACAUGCAAUAUCCUUGUAUGGGGACAAUAGCAGUGGAUGACUUUUAUACUGGUACAAGAGCUGCACUGGCUGGUGGCACAACAAUGAUUAUAGAUUUUGUCUUAGACAAAAAAGGAGUUUCACUGCUUGAAGCAUAUCAUAAAUGGAGAAGUUGGGCUGAUCCCCAAGUUUGUUGUGAUUAUUCCUUACAUGUCGUCAUCACAUGGUGGAGUGACCAGGUGAAAGAAGAAAUGUCAUCUCUGGUUGCUGAUCACGGUGUAAAUUCAUUCAAAAUGUUCAUGGCAUAUAAAGAUCGACUUAUGUUAGAAGAUGAUGAAUUGUAUCAAGCAUAUGUUCAUAUUAGAAAGACUGGAGCACUUGCACAGAUGCAUGCUGAGAAUGGAGCUGUGAUAUAUUAUGAGCAAAAAAGGAUGCACGAUCUAGGAAUCUUGGGACCAGAGGGGCAUGAAUUAUGUCGAGGGCCAGAUGUUGAAUCAGAGGCAGUGACAAGAUGUAUAAUGAUUGCAAAUAUUGUGAAUUGCCCAGUUUAUAUUGUACAUUGCAUGACUAUUCCAUCUGCAGAUGCAAUUUCUAAAGCGAGACGAGAAGGAAAGGUGGUAUUUGGUGAGCCAAUAUCAGCAUCAUUCACAAAUGAUACAGAGAGAUGUUGGCACAAAUGUUGGCGUCACGCUGCAGGACAUAUAGUUGGGCCACCCAAUAGAUAUGAUCAUGGCGUGACACCUGAACAUCUCAUCAAAUUGCUUGCCAAUGGUGACUUAGAAUGCACAGGAUCUGAUAAUACAAGUCACAAUGGUGCUGAAAAAGCUGCCGGAAAAGACGAUUUUUCAAAAAUACCAAAUGGUGUCAAUGGAGUUGAGGACAGAAUGUCUGUUUUCUGGGAGAAAGGUGUUGCAUCGGGGUGGAUGGAUGAGAAUCGCUUUGUUGCUGUAACAAGUACAAAUGCAGCAAAGGUUUUCAAUCUUUAUCCCAGGAAAGGAAUUAUCGCGGUAGGAUCAGAUGCUGAUAUUGUUAUUUGGGAUCCUGAAGCAACAAGGACAAUAACUGCCAAGACACAUCAUCAAGCCGUAGAUUUCAACAUAUUUGAAGGAAUGGUUUGCCAUGGAGUUACAGUAUGCACAAUAAGUAGAGGCAAAGUGGUUUAUCAAAAUGGAAAAUUUAAUGUCACACCUGGUCAUGGCAAAUUUAUUCCAAGAAAACCGUUUGCUCCCUAUGUAUACAACAGAGUUUUGAAAAGGGAAACAUCCCGUAAACCAACACCUGUGCAAAGAGAGCCUUUUGGUGGUAAGCCAACUUAUCUUAACUAAUCAUUUGUAGUGAGUAAAACUUGAUUAUGUGCGGCAUCUACUAAAAGCCAAGUUUAGUGGCAUUCUUUCUCAAAAGCAGACUCGCUAAAUC